UGGGAACAGAUGGGUACCUUUGUUACAAUGCAUUGAGCCAAGAGUUUUCAGAAUACAGACAGUGGGAAAAUGUAACAUUAUAUUUGCAUAUGGAUUUUCUCCUAAGUUUGAGGCCUUUCUAUCCCACUGCCUAUGAAAAUCUCACCUUGGAUUAUACACAGACACUUAUGGGCCCCAUCAAACAUUGUCUCUCUCCUAUGUAAGACCUUUCAGUGGGUUCCCAUCACCCACAGAACAAAGUUGGUGCUCGUAAGCCUACCUUAUCAUAUAAAACCUGCCUCAAGCUGGGCCCAGGAUGCAUUUCUGACAGCAUGUAUCAUUUCCUUUCUUUUCAUAAUCCUUAAUAACCACCAGUACUUUCACACUUUCAUCUCUGCACUUUGGCUUUUUAUAUGAAACUGCCUUUUGUUGCCAUGCAAACUCUUAUUUACCUAGAACUCUGCUUGGGCAUCCUGUGCAGGAAGAAAGCCUUCAUUGAACCCUACUAUUGUCCUCAAUGCCCUCAUAAAACCUUGUGACUUUUUCUAUUUUUUCCCUAGCUUUCCAUUUGACAUUUGAAUGAUCUGUUUGGCUAUUUUUCUUGCUAACAAUCUAAACUAGAAGAGGCUGGAGGAAUUAGAGUUAUCUUUGUAUCACUACUGCUUAGGUCAACACCUGGCACAGAAUUUAAAUGAACUAACCUGACUUUUCUGGUUGGUUAUGGUCUGAGGCCUUGGACUGGUCUUUUAUCUCACAAGCUGAAGGUUCCCUAGAGCCAGCUGCGAGGUUCCCAGAGCACUAAUAAAUUCACAAGCAAUCAACUGCAGAACAGGCUGCCCUGAAGCUGCAUCACCGAACACCAAGUCCAGAAGCAAGAAAACAAUGGACAUUGCCCAACCAAGGAGCUGGUUUCUUUCCUUUCUCCUCGUGUGUGUGCUAGCCCCAGAAGUCACUGCAGAAGCUGAGGCAACUUCAGAUGGCCCUACUGCUGCCCAGGAUAUCACAUGGCUCACCGAUGUCCCAGCCGCUAUGGCGUUCAUUGCUGCUGCUGAGGUGGCCCUCAUUGGCUUCUUCCAGGAUUUAGAAAUACCAGCAGUGCCCAUAUUCCAUGAUAUGGUACACAACUUCCAAGACGUGUCAUUUGGAAUCAGCAAUAACUCCGAGGUUCUGGCCCACUACAACAUUACUGGGAAUACCAUUUCCCUCUUCCGGCUGGUGGAUAAUGAACAACUGAAUUUAGAGGGCGAAGACUUUGAAAACAUUGAUGCCAGCAAAUUAAGCCGUUUCAUUGAGGUCAACAGCCUCCACAUGGUGACAGAGUACGGCCCUGCGACUGCAAUUGGCCUGUUUAGCAGCAAUAUUAAAAUUCAUCUUCUCCUGCUGAUGAAUAAGGCCUCCCCAGAGUAUGAAGAGAAUGUGCACAGAUUUCAGCAGGCAGCUAAGCUCUUCCAGGGCAAGGUUCUCUUUAUUCUGGUGGACAGUGAGAAGAAGGAGAAUGAGAGAGUGAUAUCAUAUUUCAAACUGAAGAAGUCUCAGCUACCAGCUUUGACGAUUUAUCGAACUCUAGAUGAUGAGUGGGAUGCACUGCCCAUUACAGAAGUUUCAAUUGAGCAUGUGCAAAACUUUUAUGAUGGAUUCCUAGAAGGGAAACUGUUGAGAGAAAAUCAUGAAUCAGAAGAAAAGACUCCAAAGGUGGAACUCUGAUUUCUCCCUGAUACUUCUGCAUACUGCCAAAGUGUCUACUUUAUGCUGAAUAAAAAGGGACAAUUCAAACCUCAGAGACACUAAACAGGAUCCCUAGGCCUUCCAACCCCUCCCCCAUCAAUGCACAUAUCAAGCUCCACCCUGUUCCUUGAAAUCUCAUUUACUCCCAUUCUCUUUCCUUCUAAAUUUCCUGUAUUCUCUCACUACCCACCCAAUUUCCUAUUAUGCAUUCAUAUUGUAUAGGCCCAUCUAUAAUGGAUGCAAGCUUCAGAAGAAAGACUAGCAGAUCUUAUUAAGGAGAGGCAUUCUUAGAGAUUGUUCUGACCUGUCAUUAAUAUUGAGUUUGUAUAUUACUAAACAACAGGAUCCCUAGGCCUUCCAACCCCAUCCCCAUCACAUGCACACAUACUACACAUAAUUUACAUGACACAGUUUCUGCUCUUUUAGGGUUCUCUAAGGGUUGAAAUCCUGUCUUUCUUCAUAGAUACAUGUCCCUCUCUGAUUCAAGGCCAAAAACAAAAAGAUGGUUUUAAACACCACAUUGAGACUGUCUUCUUGUCAGAAAUUGAAUGAUAUCUCCAAGUCUCUGAACUCAGCAGGAAUAUAACACAGAAAAAUUGUAGGCUUAUUUAGCACUCCCAAUUCCCCAUGUAAAUCAAUGACCCAUGUAAUAAAUCAGGCAAUUAUGUUAUAGAAAAAGACUGUCAUUUUUCAGGCCAAAUCUUUUGUAAAUAUCCAGCUGUCCAACUAAACAGUGUAUGCCUCACCCUUCAGUUCCCACUGUUUAGUAUCAGUCCAUAAGCCAUUAAUGUGUUAUUGUUUACUCAGGGGGUGGGAUGGGUGAUAGGUAAAGACCAUCCUGCAUUAGAAUGGGCCCAAAUGUGGUAAAGGAUCUAGGAGCUGAAUCAGGUAAAAGCCUGCCUGGUGAAUGAAUAGGAGAUGGGGAGCACUUGGCGCUGGGGCAGGCUUGGGCAGACAAAGCAGCGGAUUAUUGCAGGUGAGGUGUAUAACCAGCUCAUGUGGUGUGAAGGGAUAGUCUGGCUGAGUGUCUCUAGCCCACAGUCUCUUACUGUCAACACACAGAUGCUACAUUGUGCCCAGGAGGCCUUUGGCCCAGAGGAAAGUACCUAAGUGCUGAAGAGCUGAAAAACCACAGAUGUGCACCUUAGGACUCGUCCAAGUGAAGAACACAGAGUGAAAGGAUUGGUUGUUCCUGAAUAUGGGGAAAACUCCACAGGCCUGGGCUGGCAGCCAGGUGCUGGCAAGAAUAAGGUGAAAGCAGCAGUGCACAGCAAUAUGAGACCCAGGGGUUCUGAGGAGGUCAUCCAGUCCACCCCAAGGCUGCAUAAAAUUGCCCGAGGUUGAAAAAUAUUCCUAGUAUAGGUCCAUCCCAGAAGGUUCACUUUGGUCCUCUUAGCCAGAACUCUUCAAAUUUGCAGUCAAGAAAUUCUUCCUGAUAUCCAGCGGAGGCCCUCUGGCCAAGCAGGUUCCUCCUUCUUCAUUUCUCUCCAUGGAAAUUAUGAAUACCUGCCAGUCCCAUCUCCAAGUGAUGCACUCACUUCCUGGUGGACUGCUUUUAAGUCCUCUUACCCAGUCUUUACCGUGCUCACUAUCCAACUCUUUCAUUUUUUUCUUCAUUAUUUUCUCUUUUCCUUCUUUACAACAUUCAUCCCUUCUUCCUUAUAACACUAGUAGCUGAAACUGUUGUAGAGAUUUGGAAAAUGCUAAAAGAUAAAGUCCCAUGAGUAAUAUUUAUUCAAUAUUUGGUUAGUUUUUCAAUCAUUUUACUUAAAGUGCCUCCUCAGUAACUAUAGUCAAUACUGACAACAAAGAUAUUUUCAUAUUUACAGGGAUUUUUUUGCUGCCUGAUAAAAUUCAAUAGCAAUUUUACUAUAGAUUCAUUUGUAUAUUUAUUUGCAUGUUUAUGGUACUGAAUUGAAUUAUUCUUUCUCAGCUUGUAGCUCUCCGAAACUACCAGAAACUUUUUUAGCUUUUCACAGUCAAUCUUCUUUGUAGCUCUGGAGACUGAUGACCAAACAGGAAAGCUUCUUUCUUGAGAAAGAAGAGAUUUCCAAAGGUUCUCAUCCAUUUACUGAAGAUCAGAUCUGGUAUUAACAACUUCUGUAAUUUCUAUAUCUUUCUCAGUCUCUAGGCAAUAUCUUUCUAAGAUUCUACAUUCAUUUCCAUAAGGCUAUAUAAUUGUUAAAGUAUCUAGACAAAUCUCAACCAUUUUCAGGAUAGAAUUAAGUGGUAGAAACAGGAAGAACUCAAAGGAAUGACAGGGAAAUUUGGGUUUGAAUCCCACCUUUACUGUGUAUAUGACUCUCUGACUUUGAGAACAUCACUUUCUAUCUUUGAACUUCAGCUCAUGAGUACAACACAAUAGGGUUUUUUGAGAUUUCAGGAUGAUAAUACAUACUGAGUAAAGUGUGGUCAUUACUUGUUUUUUCAAUUAAUAAUGCAUUGCCUUCCCUGAGUUAACAGUCACAUCUCCAUCAGAAAUCUUGAAAAGGAGAGAUAACCUUCAGGGUCUUUUUUGAGUAAAUUCAUAAGAGAGGCCUUACAAUUGAGACUGGAGAAGGAUUUGAGAUAACUGUUUUAAAAUGUAGGUUUUAUUAUAAUUCAGGUAUAAUGAGGAAACAAUUGCCAUUGAAAAGCUGGUCUUUGCUUCACAGUUACCUAAGUGAGGAAGUGUGCUGGCCCAAGCAAGCCUCAUAGGGAACCCCCUGCACCAGCUGGAAGGCAGAGGGAUGAAGGGGAAAUUGUGUCCAAGGGCCUUUAUUGCAGUUUUCAUGGGAAGGUAGGAAGAUUGAAAUAGCUGGUAUGAAUAAUUUCCCCAAGCUCUGCACCAUAGGUACUUUCCUUUGGUUUCCCGGAACCUGGGCCUGGAAUGAUUGCAGCUGGUGGGUGGUGGUGGCAGAGUCAAAACUUCAAGAACACUUUGUUAAUAUCAUAACUUAUUAACAUACUUGUCACAGUAUUCCUCCCCUGACCCAUCCAGUUAGGUCUUCAUAUCUGGCUCCUGUUUUUUAAAAAACAUAUACUUUUGGUGAGCAGGGGGUAGAAUGGGUGCCAAGCAAUAUACUUGUGAGAAAGUUGUUUAUUCAUAUACUCAUUCAUUCCUUUAAAUACUUAUUAACAAUCUAUGAAUAUAUCAGGCAAUAUUACCUUCUAAGAGAGCAGGGCAAAGUUGGUCUUGGGUUAUAAGCAAUAGAACAGAGAAAUUUCAAUUGUAGUGACAACAGCAACAUGGAAGCCACCCAAUUGGCUCUGGGCUAUGGACAGAUAGCAGCAAAAUAGAGAAAGCUGGAUAGCAGCUUAUAGACAAACUUGAUUUCACAAAUGAAUUUGGAACCAGCUCUAUUUAUUUCAAAUUUAUAAAAAUAUAUGGUUUUCUAAGCAUAGAAAAAUAAAACAGGAAGUAGGAUGGAUCUGAUGUGGCUUGUUAAUUGUACAACCUUUACACAGGAGACAGAGAGGCUAGAAAAAGGAAGAAGUUAAACACCAAACUACCAACUGAAUUUUGACCCUUUAGAGAAGAGGUCCUCUAGAAAUUGAAUAAAUGAAUUCUAAAAUCAUGCCUCUACAAAUUUGAGAGCAAAUUUCUCUCCUUCAAACCAUUUCAAGAAUAGGUCCCUCUUUUCUUUGCAUUCUGGAAUCAGCAGUCAUUAUUUUGUGGAAUUGACGGUGAAAUGGCUAUUGUGUUAGGAGUAGAAGAGAAUGGGUUAGAUGGGUUAGGGGCUUAAAAUACUUAUACAGGAUAUGAAAAGUUGUGUAGAAUCCAGACUUCAAUGCUUAAUUGUCUAAAUGACUGAACUGACUUUUAGUUGCAGGAUUGAAUUUCUCUUGGGCCUACUGGCCUUAAUUUGGUAGCAUGGUAUUUGCCUAAGGAAGAAAAACUAGAAUACUUUUUAUAUAAUUCAAACUGUAGUGAAAUAAGAAUUUUAAAAAUAACAAUCCAUGUUGUAUUAUAGGUCAUGUUUCCCAGGAAGUAGACUAUGAGACUAAAUUCUCUUUGAAGUUUACUGUGGAGUACUCUUGGAAACUGUGGAUAAAUGAAGAAACUAAGAUUGUGCCAAAGGAAACGUUGGGCUGUAAUGGAAUCACAACAAAGGCUCAGAUAGCCCAUGGGUAUAUCUGAUGCUGAGAUGGACUGGUAGAGCUGUCCCAAGUGGGAGAAUGGAUGUCAGGGCUUCUCACCCCAACAUUGGUCAUUAGAUGAGGGCUACACAUGGGAAAGGCGCAUGCUCCAGGGCAAGAUGGCUCACUUCAGCAGAAGGCAGUCUCUCCGUUGAAGGCUGAGAGGUAGGAUUCAUCUAAGAACUGCUAGGGGACUUUCUGUCCUGAGAGACUGGAGUGUGACCCGUGUGACUCACCACAGCAGUCAGAACACACUGGUUUAGGCUGUGUCUUCAAACUACCAUAAUUAUUGCACCAAUAAUAUGCAUGAGAAUGAGGAAAAGAUGGAUUUACUUUAUUUUAAAAAAUUAGGUAGCAUCCUUAAUUGAGUUGAAGUUGGGGAAGAAUGUAUGUCUAUAUUUUCCUCACAAAAGAGAACAACACCAGACUUCCAGGGGUAGCACAAGAGUGUUGAUUACCAUGCUCAUCCAUUCACUAUCCCUUCAUCAAGCAUUCUUAGGCACCUAACGCAAGAUGAAGAUGCAGCAGGAAGUAGAUCAAAUCCCAGAAAGCACGAUGUCCUCUUCAUCCUUACCCCUCUUCAGGCAUCUGAUUCCACAAUAUAGGACAAAUACAGGGAAUAUUCAAGAGUUCAUGGAAUAUUAAGAAAAAACUUUGCAUAAAUUUCAGAAUCUUUUAAAUCAAAAUAAAUGUAUAUUUUAAUUCCAGUUUUCCAUGAACUUUGUGGAGUUCACUGGGAACAAUAAAAAUUUUCAGUGUACUCAGUAGACAUUCAAAUAUUUUGAUGAUAACGGUGAUGAUUGUCAGUAAAAUGCUGCUUUCUUAUCUGAGGUGCUACCUCAACCCCUGGACACCAUCUUAGGCUCUGACCCAGGUGCCACCUUGUACACUAAGUUCAGCCUCUCCAGGACCCAGCUUGGCUUACUAGGAGUCAGGUGACCAAAUGGCCCAACCAUAAGUGGCAACUCCACCCCCACUCAAUCAGGAUUCACUGUUCCCAUUCCCUCAUUCCUGCAAAGUUAUAACAAGGACUGCUUUGCCACACAGGCCCUCUUUUCACUCUCUCCCUCUAGCCUGUCAGGUUUUUCCCAUCAAUAAACCCUUUCCCUUAUUUCAGUGUUUCGUGUGUUUUGUGGGGACCUUUCAUUGGUGCCGUGACUUAGACCCAGGCUCUCCCAUCUAUCUUGUUCUCCCCUCGGGGAUUUGAGUUGCUUUGGGCUCCAGGAUCCCCGCCAACCACAAAAGUCACCCCCGGGCCU